GACUGCAGACAUAGUACAGGAAAUGACCGGAGACUGCGGACGUAGUACAGGAGAUGACCAGAGACUGCAGACAGUACAGGAGAUGACCAGAGACUGCGGACAUGGUACAGGAGAUGACCAGAGACUGCAGACAUAGUACAGAAGAUGACCAGAGACUGUGGACAAUAGUACAGGAGAUGACCAAAGACUGCGGACAUGGUAAGAAGAUGACCAGAGACUGCGGACAAUAGUACAAGAGAUGACCAGAGACUGCGGACAGGAGAUGACCAGAGACUGCGGACAUAGUACAGG